AUGCUACUCAUCGUAUUAAGUGAUGGCAAGGCAAAUGUGCCGCUACCCGAUACCAGCGGCGAUGCAUGGGCGCAAACAGAACAGGCCGCGGCACAACUCGCCGACCUUGCCAUUCCUACACUGUUUCUGGAUACCGAAACAGGAAUGGUUCGGGUCGGCCGCGGCAAAGAGCUGGCUCAGCGCCUCAACGCGGACUAUCUACUGCUGGAUGACCUAAGCGCGGAUGGGUUGGUUCAUACGAUUCGCGAGGUGGUUGGUUAG